AUGGCCGCUGCUACACGAAAAGCUAAUAUAAAACAAAAACCAUAUAUGCUUAGCGUAUUCAACCGGUUAAACUGCAAACUCUACCCUACGAAACCCAAACAAGUAGAAGUUGUUGCUUUACCAAUACUUUGGGAUAGCUUGAAAUCUGGAGUGGCGGACCUCGAAAUGAAGAAGGCUAUCACCGAAUUUGCUAAAGGACUCACCCAACUGAUGGGUGAGCGUGCUCUACUUGAUCAGGCUUCGAUGGAGCUGGAUCCAUCACGGAAGAAGUUACUCGAAUCAUUGAUACGAUAG